AUGUCGUCUCCCCAAGACCGUGUCCAGGGCUACCUGAAGCAGCUUGACUCUGAGCUGUCCAAGUACCCUGUGCUCAACAACCUCGAGAAGAACACCGCCGUCCCCAAGUCGUACGCCGCUCUGGGUCUCGGCGCUCUGUAUCUGUUCUUCAUCAUCUUCAACCUCGGCGGUCAGCUCCUGACGAACUUCGCUGGCUUCGUCAUCCCCGGCUACUUCUCUCUUCAGGCGCUGUUCACAUCGUCCAAGAACGACGACACGCAAUGGCUGACCUACUGGGUCGUUUUUGCCUUUUUCACUGUCGCGGAGAGCUUCGUUAACGUGGUUUAUUGGUUCCCCUUCUACUACACGUUCAAGUUUAUCUUCCUGCUGUGGCUGUCUCUGCCCUACUUCAACGGUGCUGAGGUCGUUUUCCGCUCGUUCCUCGUUCCCACUCUCGGCCGCUACUUCACCCAGUCGGGCUCCGCUGGCCUGCGUGCCAAGGCGGAUACUGCUGCCAAGACCGAGUAA